UGGACAAUAUCAUGUGACAGUGGAGUAGGUGAUUCCUAACCCUAUUCUAUAUGCUAUAUAUACCCUUGCAAUCCAUUCUUUGUCACGCUCUUCUCUAUCACUCCUUCCAUGGCUGCCUUCCCAAGCUUGAAACCAAGACCCUGAGCUGCUUCUAAUGCUAAUCAAGUGUCAUGGGGAAAGGAACAUCCAAAACCUCUCAUAAUCCCAUGUUUUUCUUUCUCUUCCUCUCUCUGGUGAAUCAAUAUUCAGCUGCUCUCCACCAUCGCCUCCAUGAAACUCACCUUCUUUUAUCCUUCAAAGCCUCUGUUUCCAGAGACCCAUCACGCCUUCUCUCCAACUGGGUUCCUUCUAUUCCCACCUGCCGAUGGAAUGGCAUCACAUGCAGCAACGACACCGACUCUAGCUUCACUAACAUCACGGCUGUUAACCUCUCCGGCAAGAACAUCACCGCCACACUCCCCGACUCUGUUUUACGACUACCCCACAUCCAAAUUCUCGACCUUUCCGACAACCAAUUCGUCGGGGAACUUCCUUGGAAUAUGUUCGCCGUCGCCGUCGCCUCUUCUUCUCUUCUGCAUUUGAAUUUGAGUAACAAUAAUUUCACCGGCCCACUUCCCACCGGCGGCGUCUCUGUUCUUCAAACAUUAGACUUAUCCAACAACAUGAUUUCGGGUUCAAUUCCGAAAGAUAUUGGAUUGUUGUUCUCUGAUCUUCAAUUUCUUGAUCUGGGUGGGAAUGUUUUGACCGGAGAGAUUCCGAACUCUGUUGCGAAUCUCAAAUCGUUGGAGUUCUUAACAUUGGCGUCUAAUAAACUGAGUGGAGAAAUUCCGACGCAAUUGGGCGGAAUGAAGAGACUCCGGUGGAUUUAUUUGGGUUACAAUAAUCUUUCCGGGCAAAUUCCUGAAGAAAUCGGCCAAUUGGGUUCUUUAAAUCAUCUUGAUCUUGUUUACAACAAGCUAACAGGGAAAAUUCCAGAAUCUUUUGGGAAUCUCACAAGACUUCAAUAUCUGUUCCUCUACCAAAAUGGUCUGACAGGUACAAUUCCUCCGUCGAUUUUCCGUCUUGUGAAUCUGAUUUCUCUGGAUUUAAGCGACAAUUCUCUCUCGGGAGAGAUUCCGGAGCUUGUAAUUCAUUUACAGAAUUUGGAGAUUUUGCAUCUGUUUGGUAAUAAUUUCACCGGAAAAAUUCCGAGAGCUCUGGCUUCUCUGCCUCGCCUGCAGAUUCUUCAGUUAUGGUCGAACGGGUUUUCCGGCGAAAUCCCGGAGCUACUUGGACGGCGAAACAAUCUCACCAUUCUCGACGUUUCGACUAAUUUCCUAACCGGAAAAAUCCCAGAUGGGCUCUGUGAUUCUAAGCGCCUCUUUAAACUCAUCCUCUUCUCCAACUCUCUCACCGGCGAAAUUCCACGGAGUCUCUGUUCUUGCAAGAGUUUACGGCGUGUUCGGCUUCAACACAACCGUCUCUCCGGCGAAUUGUGUCCAGAAUUUACGAAACUGCCCCUACUGUACUUUCUGGAUAUCUCCGGCAACCAAUUUUCUGGUAGAAUCGACGGCAACAAAUGGGAUUUGCCGUCUCUUCAGAUGAUGAGUUUAGCGAGGAAUAGAUUUUCAGGGAACUUGCCGGAAUUUAUAAGAAAGGGUAAAAUCGAGAGUUUGGAUUUCUCGGCGAAUGAAUUUUCGGGUUCGAUCCCGGAGAGUAUCGGAAGGUUUUCAGAGCUAAUGGAACUUAAUUUGAGUAACAACAAUCUCGCCGGUCGGAUACCGAGUGAAAUUUCUUCCUGUAAGAAGCUUGUGAGUUUAGAUUUAAGCCAUAAUCAGCUAAUCGGCGAAAUUCCGGUGAUCCUCACUCAAAUUCCGGUUCUGAGCUUCCUCGAUUUGUCGGAAAACGAAUUAUCCGGCGAAAUUCCACCGGUUUUCGGCCGAUUUCCAUCGCUUGUUCAGAUAAAUAUUUCCCACAACCACUUUUACGGAGCGUUGCCGUCCACCGGAGCGUUUUUGGACAUAAACGCAAGCGCCGUAGCCGGAAAUGAUCUAUGCGGCGGCGAUAUAAUUACGAGCCAGUUACCGGCAUGCGAAAACCGUGGGUAUAACCACUUAUGGUGGUUCAUGCUCGUAUUGGGGUUGGCCGCGUUGUUCAUUGCGACGGCAGUGUUGGUUACAAUACGACGUCGUAAGCUGACAAGAAUAGUGCAAAACGACGACGGAAUAUGGGAGGUUAAAUUCUUCGAUCCGGAAGCGUCCAAAUUGGUGACGGUGGAGGCGAUUCUGUCGUCGGCGGAGGCCGACAAAAGCGGGAUAUUAGUGGGGACCAACGAGGUUCAAUUUGUGGUCGUUAAGAAAUUGAUGGCUGAAGGGCAUUUUUGGAACGAAGUUGAGGAAUUGGGGCGGCUUAGACACCCAAACGUAGUGAGGUUGCUCGGCGCGUGCCGGUCCGUGAAAGCUGGAUACUUGGUCGGUGAAUAUGUCAGGGGACAAUAUUUGUGUGAAGCUGUCCGGAAUUUCACCUGGGAACGACGUCGUAAUAUCGCCCUCGGAAUCUCCGGCGCUUUGCAGUUUCUCCACCCCCGCUGUUCCCCCGGAGUUAUUGCCGCCAAUUUCUCGCCGGAGAAGAUCAUCGUCAAUGAGAAACACCAACCCCAACUUCUCAUCGGAUUGUCUACCACCACCGUUUCUCCCCUCUACUUCGCCCCUGAGGCCAAGGAAAGUAGGGACACAACGGAGAAAAGCAACGUAUACACAUUGGGGCUGAUUCUGAUCCAAUUGGUAACCGGAAAAGGACCCGUUGACCGGCAAGACCUGGUGGAAUGGGCACGCUACUGCUACUCCGAUUGUCAUACCGACACGUGGGUUGAUGGUACGAUUAGCGGGGACGCCGCCGCUGACCCGAACCAGAUCGUGGGGUUUAUGAACUUAGCACUGAACUGCACCGCAGGCGAGCCCAUGGCGAGGCCGUCGCCACAGCAUGCUUACAAAACCCUACUGUCUCUUUGUCGGACGACUUACUGUUCUAAACUUUUGUCCUCCUAGAAUUUGGUAUUCUCAGUCAAUUUGUUGUGGAAUUUUUGCUUUUGUUUUCAUGGGUUUUAAGUUUGAGGUAUUAUUUACAAAUGUUUGUGACCCAAGUUAAUGUUUUUGUUGAAUGCCACCGAUGUAGAAAUGUAGAUACUUGAAUGCCACCAAUGUAACGAUAUUACCUAAUAAUUAAUUGUAUCCAUGUAUUGAGCUUUAAUUU